AGUUAAGUGGCGAGGGCAAUAUAUUGUGCGGGGUACAAUAAAGAAAGACGGGUCUGACGCUGUCCUUUUAGAAAGUAGGAAGAAUAAGGGAGUUUGUGGUCAGCGAGCAAACUACCGGAAUCUGCCCAAUAAUUCGUGUUAAAAGGAACUAAACAGUAUCACAUAUAAGAAAAUGUCAAGGGGAAAGGAAAGCGAUGGUGGGUGGAAGAAGUUUGUCUGGGAUUCGGAAAAGAAGGAGUUUUUGGGUCGGACAGGCAGCAGUUGGUUGAAGAUCUUGGCGUUCUAUGUGGUCUUCUAUGGAUUCCUGGCUGGUAUCUUCAUCGGAACAAUUCAGGUCCUUCUCCUGACCACCAGUAGCUACAAGCCCACGUACCAGGACAGAGUUGCACCCCCAGGUUUAUCACACACUCCCAAAACAUUGAAGGCUGAAAUUGAGUUCACCCAUGAUGAUCCUAAAACCUAUGAAGAAUACAUAAAUGCCAUGGAUAAGUUCCUGCUAAAAUACAAUCUUGAAAAUCAGAAGGACGGAUUACUGUUUGAGGACUGUGAACCUAAGCCUAGUAUUCCUGUUAUGCGAGGAAGUCUGGACCAAUCUGAUGGUGGUAAGAGGGUCUGUCGCUUUAACCGUGAGUGGCUUGGCAAUUGCUCUGGUCUUCACGACAAAACGUACGGAUAUUCAGAGGGCAAGCCUUGCUUCAUCGUAAAGAUUAACAGAAUCGUGAGCUACUUGCCACAGCCCCCACAGACAAAUGACAGUAUCCCACCUGAAGCCCAUGAAAAAGUCCAGCCAAACCUGAUCCCUAUCCAUUGUGCUGCCAAGAAAGAAGAAGAUAAAGACAAGCUUGGACAAGUCAACUAUUUUGGCAUGGACAGCACUGGAGGCUUCCCACUACAGUACUACCCCUAUUACGGAAAGCUGCUGCAACCCCAGUACCUCCAGCCCCUUGUGGCAGUUCAGUUUACCAACCUCACAUUUGGCAGUGAGCUCCGUAUAGAGUGCAAGGCUUAUGGCGAGAACAUUAAAUACAAUGACAAGGACCGCUACCAAGGACGUUUUGAAGUGAAAAUUCUGGUCAAGGUCCGAUGAUUGAUUACAACAAGCUGUACCUUCCCUGCCCCAUUUCAAAACAAAAAAACAACUAGUCUUGAACAAACUGUCAUACAUACGGGACCUACACUUAAUCUGUAUGCUUUACAUAGCUUUUUCUGCAUAUAUCUAGGGUUAGAAUGUAAAUUUAAGAGAGUAGCAAUAGCAGUAAAGUAUUUAUUCUACUGAAAUGAGAUUUCUUGAGCCAUGGGACAUGUUCAUUAUUACUGUAAAUUAUGAUUCCACUACUGAUAUGUAGCGAUCAGUGUUUCUGUCCCCCCACCCCCCCCCCCCACCCCCCCCACCCCAAGUAUUGCUGCCUUGUGUGGUUUGUUUUUUUGGAGUGUACAGUACUGUAGUUGCAUACAAUUGUCCUUUCCAAGCCAUGUUGUAAUUCCUGUAUUUUCUAAUGUGAGCAAGCUUUAGCGGUCCAAGGUGUGCGUGUAUAUAUACACUUACUAACUGAAAUACUGGCAUGGUACGCUCUGAUCGUCUAGGUCCGUGUGUGAAAAAAUGACUGCACUCCGUGGAGUUCUUUACCUUAUUUCUGUUGUGUGUCCUUUUUAGUCAUUUGAUUGUAGAAUACAUUUUUAUCACUUUUUUUUCUUUUGCAUCACAAAUGUGUGAUGUUUUACUUUCAAUUUUCUGCUUUUUUUUUUUUUUUGUCGUCCAGUAUGUUGUAAAAAUGUGCGAGACUUUUGAGUCUAGAUUAUUUGGCAAGUGACUUGGUAGGCUUUUUGUUUUCCCCUUUUUUUUUUUUUUUUUUUUUUUUUUUUUUAAAAAGGCAUCACAGUGAUGCACCUUCAUAAAUAGUUUUAACCAUUUUCAUGGUGGAAGAAUUUAUUUAUACAGUUGUUGUACAAUUUUAUUUUUCUGCAAGGAAAAAGGUAAUGUAUAGAUACAUUUAAUACCAAAGUCAGUGGUGAAAGAUUAGUGGAUGUUUAUUUGAAGUUGAAGCAAUGUAGUACCCCAAGCUAUAGGAUGUUUUAUUGGUGUAAAAGUGCAAAAAUCAAUGUUUAACAUCUGUAAACUUGUCAGGAGUCCAAGUACUGGUGGUAAUUUAUUUAAUCCAGUUAAAACAUCAAAUAAAAUAGAAAUAAUA